GGGAGAAUGGGAACCCGGGAACAGGGGGUGGGGCGGGGGGAGCGCGCGCGAGUUUUUACUUAAACACACAUUUCCUCAUUUUCUGGAAGAUGCAGCCAUCCCACUAUAGGCGCAUUCAUUGCCCUACUCUUAAAACCUCGUUUUUUAAAGAACGCAGGAACCAAAAGGAGCCCCUUGGUCCGAAAUGUACGCGUAAUUCCUUAUAUAGCCUCGCUGCAGCCAGCGGCAGGGCCGUUGCCGCCCAUUAUUAUACAAACAGGUACCCGGCCGGCCGGGCGGGGGCCUCUCCCCGCGCUCCCGCCGCCCCCGGGCGGAGAAGUCUCGCCCCUCUCGCCACAGGAACUGUCCAGACAAUAACAAUCAGCAGACAUUUCACUGCUGAACAAGAGAGAGAGAAAGCACAGAAUCGCCCCGGAGAUAAGCAGAAAUACAAUCAACUUACAACGUCUCUCCAAACUGGAAAAGGCGACUGUGCAACAACAACCACAUGUUCGGGUCUCGCUCUCUCGCGCUCUCUUAUUUUUUCUUUUUUUUUAACUCUCACGCCAGGCAGAGGGGUGUGCAUGUCCCCGGCACAUCAGCACAAAUCAAUAAACACCGCAGCUGCGGCGCGAGCAGCGGACCCGCGCGUCCGUCGGUCCGUCCGCCCCCUCCCCCACCCUCCUCCCACCCGAGACCGAGAGCGCCAUCCAAGCUCCAUUAUCCGGCUUCAGCGCUCCGAGCGUCCGGCCCAGUUCCAGGUGGUGUGUACUACCCCUGGGACAAUUUGUCCCUCUCAGCCAGCUCAAAAGGACCAUUGCCUUAGACGACACAGAAGAUGGAUGUUUUCACCUUGACCUUGUUGGCAUACCUUCAUUAUUCCCACCCUUCCAACCGAUACUCCUCUUCCUCCUCCCCACCUGAGGGGCAAGUGGAAUCAAAGCUAAUUUUUCCAAGGAAUGCCGGAUGGAUGUACAAAUCGUUUUGACCAGAUUUUGUCAGCAAGGAAUCAGAACUGCCUCUUAUUAAAUACCUGAGUGCUUACACCAUAGACCUACGUUGGGAGCCCAUAUGCAUCACUGCCUCCUGAAAUGAGACAGCUGUUUAACUGAACUGAGCUAUUGUCAAGACCAAGAGACUGGUUCGAUAAAAUGGAGCAAUCUACCAACUUAACUUCUGGACUGUGAAACUUUUGGGGGAAGUUUCAAAGGCAAGACUUGGGGAGCAGAAUAUGUGACUCCAAAAUGUGCCACUGUGGCAUCAUUUUGAGCUGGAUCAUUUUGAGCUGAAGACAAGACCCAGCAGUCUCAAGAUAACCUUUUCCCUCUCCCUUAACUACCUAAAAAAUUUAGAUAGGGGGCCUGGCCCAGAAAGAAAGCUAUUACCAGCGAUAACUUUUUAUCUGAAAGACUGAUCUGUAUGGCAAGACAAACAUCUAAUUACAAAACAUCUGCUCUUCUUGUUGUCCUGUGAAUUACUCUCCUUCUCUUUGUAACCCCAGGCCCCUAUCCCAUUCCUUAGCUUAGGAGGGCAUAUCAGGCUCAACUGCUUGACUUGAACUUGAGUCCCAUAUCUUUGGGGCUCCUAAACAUACAAAAUUAAAUUUGUUUUUUCUCCUGUUAAUCUAUCUUAUGUCAAUUUGAUUAUUAGACCAGCCAAAGAAUCUAAAAGGGAAGAAGGGAAAAUUUUUAUGCCCUGACACUAUGAACAAAUUAUUGGACAUUUUUAUGCCCCAAAUUUAAACACUUAGGUAAAAAAAUAAUUUCUUUUAAAAAAUAAAAACAUCAAUGAAAAAUUAAA